UUAUCGACAUUUUUGUGUCAUCACUUAGAGCAUAUCGAAAGAUAAUAAAGUUAAUCACAGGUAUAAAACUUUUUUCAUGAAAUCUGUAAAAUAUUUAGCACUAAACUAUUUGUUUUUGUGAGAGUUACAAGUGAGAGGGUGUUUUGUAAAUGAUGUGGAUUGUUUGAUACCCUUAAAAAACAUCAAAAAUGGCUACGAGAAAUCUAUGUUUAUGUAUGCUUAUUUGGAUGCCACUCUUUGAGGGCAUAGUUGGCGACGUCGCCUUUGGCAUUGCACAAAUUCCUGGUGGUAAGGCAACAGUAGAAGAUUUGAAAAAAGGGAAAUACUUACUUAACAUGGAAGAAAAUAAUCAUGGCGGCGUAAUACCAACUCCACUUUUUACUAUUACAGGGGUGGACAACACUGAUUGUCCUAACUUGAAUGUUGAAUUUACUCAAGGCAUGAAGUUUAAGUUUUCGAUUAAUGAAAGUUGUAUAUUCUAUGCUGAACAGACAUUUGACUACGAAUCGAAUGAAAGAUCAUACAAUUUCAGAAUUUCAAAGUCCGUAAAUGACGAGAUAGAUAUUGCAUUCAGUAUCAAAAAUAUCGAUGAUGAACCUCCACAAUUAGGAACGUUUAAAUGCAACUUUAAUGAACAAUUAGACUAUAGUCUUGAUGACACACCAUGCAAUACUACAUUGCAUGAUCCCGACGGAUGGCUGGCACAAGAGAAAAUUUUAAUAUUCAUCGACACUAAGGAUGAAGAUAUAUUCGCAAUUGAUUUGCGAAAGCCUCUACCAAAUGAUACUGAGACAGACACCUACGUUUUUAUGUAUCUCUUAAAGCAACUUAAUUAUGAGGAUACCAAUUUUUAUCAGUUUACAGUGCAAGCAAAUGAUUCUGGAGGUAAUCUUUCACCACAAGAAAGUGCUGUGGUAAAUGUUAUCAACAUUAGAAGUAGACCUCCAAAAUGGUCAAAAAUAACAUUAUUUGAUCAAUUUGACGAACUGACCGAACAAGAUUACGAUAUACAAGCUUUAGAUGGAGAUACUGGAAUUCAUGCAGAUAUUUGUUAUGCAAAACUAGGUGAAGAUUUACCAGACAAUUACAUAAACGUCAGUACCGAUAAAACCAAUAAAAAAGGCCAUAUUCACGUUAAUCCCAUUGAUAGAGAUAAGGAUGAUCUAACACUAUACCAUUUUAACAUUUCUGCCUAUGUUUGUGAUGCCCCAGACUAUUUUACUGUAAAUACAGUGCAGUAUUACAUCAUCGAUAUUGACAAUAAUCCUCCCAGGAUAGUUGAAAAUGUUGGGGAUGACGGAAAGAACACAACAUUUGACGAUGAUAACGACCAUAAAAAUGUUACACUAAGUUAUUUGGAAAAUUAUUCGAGAUCGUAUAAUUUUAGCACAACCAUUACAGAUAGAGAUACGGGCGAAAACGCGCAAUUCACUGUAAGUCUCGAAAAUGUUGAGGGUUCUACGGUUGAUUAUACACAACCCUAUCUAAUAGUACCGGACAAUGCUUACAAGACAGGAUCAUUCAUAAUAAGCGUGAAAAAUAAGACCUUCCUGGAUUUCGAGAACGACACUUGGAAAAAGCAUUCCUAUUAUGUUGUUUCCAAUGGAAAAAAAGACAAAUCAAAGACUGACAGAAUGUUAAUAUCAGUCUCACUAGAAGACUAUAACGAUGAACUUCCUAUUUUCGAGAAAGAAUCAUACACAACAGAAAUAAAUGAGACUGUUGCGAACGGCACUCAAAUACUAUACACCCAUGCAACAGACAGAGAUGCAGAAGAUUUCGAACUGAAAAUGAAUAUAGUUGGAACUUAUGCUGAGAAUAGGCUAAGUAUUGAUAAAGAUGGAAAUAUUAAAGUAAAGGUAGUCAAUGCCUUCGAUUACGAUGUCUUAAAUUCUGUGUAUUUCCAAGUAACCGCAACAGAUAAGGUUAAUCAUGUGACUAGAGUACCAGUAACGAUUAACAUUUUGGAUGUUAAUAAUAAAGCUCCCGUAAUAAAUCAAGUGGACCAUAUACAAAUCGAAGAAAACCAACAAAACGGUGUAGUGCUAAAUGUAACAAUAACAGCUACGGAUGUAGAUACCACGGCUAAUCUGACUGCUACUAUAAAUUGGGAAGAUUCCAAAGUUACCAAAACUAAUGGUGCUGUAGUAAAAACUGACGCUGUAAUAAAAGCUAUGCAAUUUUUAGAGAUAGAAAAUACACAAACAGAUGACGGUCUGGAAAUGAAACUAAAGGUAAUAAAUAAUAAUGACGAUAAUCCAGACAAGCCAGAUUUUGAAACUUUCGAUACAUUGUAUUUAAGUAUAGUUGUUGAAGACCGUAAUACUGAUCCUGAUUUUGAACAAAAUCGAUAUACAGAAGGUCAAAUUGUCAUCAAUAUCCUUGAUGUUAACGAUAAUCCACCAUAUUUUCCACCUUCUAAUGAUGACACUCGACAGGUCCAGGAAAUGUCUCUGAAAGGAGUAUCGGUUGGCUCCAUAAAAGCUGUCGAUGUUGAUUUGAAUUCAGAAAUUACCUACCAUUGCACGCCCGAAUAUGAAAAGUUUGACUGGGUCGAUGUAAAUCUUACAACUGGCGCCAUAACUGUAAAGAACGAUAAACAAGUUGACGCAGACACAGACAAAACGUAUUAUUUCAACUAUACUUGUUGGGCUCAUGAUGGUGUGUUCUUUUCCAAACCGUUAGACAUCUCAAUCUAUGUCAUCGACACAAACAACGAAGUACCUGUAAUAGAUUUUCCAAAUGAAGUACACGUAAAGGAAAAAUCACUUAUAGAUACAGUAAUUAAAAAGAUUGUUACAAGUGAUUUAGAUAGAGAUGAGCCGUUUCGUACUGUAAACUGUAAUUUUGCAAGCGAUACUGAUCCAGACUGUCAAAUAGAAUUCUAUAUUGAUACCAAUGUUCUUAAAGUGAAAAGAAAUAAAACUCUUGAUCGUGAUAAGGGAAGAAAAACAUAUCCUUGUCUAUUUGAGUGCUUGGAUAAUCCUUUAAAUGUUCGAUCCCAAGGACAAAAUAAAGCCAAUAAAAGCUUUACUAUAAUAUUGGAUGAUAUAAAUGAUCAUGCACCUGUGCUUAUGACGAAGGACCUACAAUGUUCUGAAAAUUUGAAUAAGGACGGCGAAGUAGGAGAGGGCAUAAUAGGAGAAGAUAUUGAUGAUGGUGAUAAUGCUAAAAUAGAUUUUUCUGUGUUAAGUAUCGUUGAUAAGGAAACCAAAAAUGACAUUCAAGAAUCUUUUAAUAUUUCUAAAAUUGAUAGUGAUUAUGUAUUGAACGAUACAUUGAAGAAAGUGCAUCUUAUAGCCUUCGAAGAUCUCAAAGGAAAAUAUGGAACGUAUGAAGUCACUUUACACAUGCAUGACGAAGGAGAUCCAAUGCAGACAACAGAUCCGGAUCCAACUUUAACACUUACAAUUGAAAAAUGGAAUUACCAAACACCAAGUAUAAUAUUUCCUGAAAACGAUCAAACAUACAUUGUCCUAUCGGAUCAACAACCUGGUCAACCAUUGGCACUGUUUAACAACACUGGAACUUCAAAUACUUUGCCCGAUUUUAGUGCAACAGAUGGUGAAACGAAGGACUGUUCUAAGUGGGAUGUGAAAUUUUCUUAUACGCAGACUAAUUAUGAAGAUGAUAAAAUUUUCGUGAUAGACCAUAUACAGCCGUGCGUUUCUCAACUACAAGUCAGCAAACAUUUCAACUCGGAUCUAGUACGAAGUAAAAAGUAUAAGCUAACUAUUACAGCCAGUGUUAAGGAUGGAGCAGAACAGGAAGGUGAAGCAGGUUACUCGACAUCAGCAAAUAUAAGUAUAGUUUUCCUCAACAACGACGCUCAGCCGAUCUUUCAAAAUAGUGACUGGAGUGUAUCAUUUGUUGAAUUCAAUACAACACAACCUGCGAAACCUUUGGAAGAACAGGCUGAGUAUGAGAACACGAAAGGAGGACUUCCUAUCUAUUACCAUUUCUAUUCCGAAAACCAGACCCUUUCCAAAUAUUUUGAGGUUGAUGAGACGUCCGGUGAUUUAUCGGUUAUAGGAAAUCUUACCUAUGAUUAUGAUCAAGAUAUAUCGUUUCACAUAGUUGCUUCGAAUGACUCACAAGUCAGAAUGUUGGAUCCACGAUCCAGUCUAAAUGUUACUGUUAAUUUUCUUCCACGUAACCGCAGAGCUCCUCAGUGGAAAAGUACCAAAUUCUUUGGAGCAGUUAUGCCUACAUUCGUAACUGGGAACCUCAUAGUCACCGCUCAAGCUCAUGACGACGAUUAUAUCGAUCAACAACGCGGAUUAACGUGUUCUAUAUCUAGUGAGAUUAACCGAAUUGGGGAAGGAUUAGAUAAAAUAAUAGGCGAACCAUUUUAUUUGAGCACUGAAAAUGAUGCCGCCAAAAUAUUUUUGGACUUUACAGUGCAGACUACAAUGACCGGUCGAUUUGAAUUUAAAAUCAAAGUAGAGGACAAUAGAGAUGACUACGGCAAUGGUCCAUUUGAAAGUGAAGCUGAUACAACAAUAUUUAUUAUUACUAAAGACAACACCGUUGAUUUUCAAUUUUACAACGAUAUUGAGGAUGUUCAGGACAGAGAAACACCGAUGUUAAAAAUAAUAUCCGAUAUAGUGGGAUAUGAUGCAUAUCGUCAAAAUAUAGAUACAGUAACAAAUAGCGGUCUCGUUAGGACCAGAGCAAGGCUUUAUUUCAUUGACAGUAAAAGCAGCCGUCGGUUGCAACGCACUAAAAGUCCCGCAGACAGUGGAUUCGAACUGGUUAAUAGUGAAACAAUAUUAAACAUAGUGACCAAUGUGAACACCUUCCAAAAUCUGGCCAGCACCUUGAGAAGUGAACAAAAACUGAACCUCGACAGCUUUGAAACGAAUUCCAAAUCCGGCAACAGCGAAGCAGCACUAAGAGCUUGGUUGAUCGGAGUGUCCGUGGUCUUGGGGAUCUUGGUCUUGCUUUUACUAAUCACUUUAAUACUAAAAACCAGACAGUUAAGUAACAGAAUUAAAAAACUAACUACCCCCCAAUUUGGUUCUCAAGAGUCUGGACUUAACAGGAUGGGCAUAAAUGCACCCACCACCAACAAGCAUGCCAUCGAAGGAACAAAUCCAGUAUACAAUAAUAACGAAAUCAAGAAGCCAAAAAAUAUGAACGAUUUUGAUACUCACAGCAUAAGAAGCGGUGAUUCUGAUUUGGUUGGAAUAGAAAACAACCCAGAGUUUGACUACAACUUCAACACUAACGAGGAUAAAACUACAUAUCUCUAAACUAUUUUUAUAAUAAUCUUAUGUCUAGCUUAAGUUGGUCUUAAUAGAUAUUAAUGUAAUCUGAUUUAACUAUAAUUGUAUUAUAAGUAUUAAAUAUGUAUAAAAUAAACACUUAUUAGAUACAACUAUUCAAAAUAGAUCUUGUACCACGUAUUACUAAAAUUAAUAUUAUAAAAUAUAAUAA